AUGCCGAAAGUUACAAAAUUACAUAGUACGGGUAAGCCAAAAGCUCUCCAAAAAUCUACUAAGCCCGAUGGGUCAGAUCAACGAGACCCAGAAGAAUCGUUAAGAGAAUUUCAGUUACAGCUUCUUUGGUGUAUUCAGAAAUUAGAAAAAUCUAUUGGUGAAAAGAAAGGAAAUGAUAGACAGCUUCAAGAAAUGUGGAAAGUAUUGACAAUUUUAAAAAAUAACAAUCAGCCAAUUAUACGGAAAAGGCAGCUGAUGCGGAAACACCUAGGGGACUAUAGAGCAAAGAUGGCAGCUGAAGAGAAGAGCCUGGUCAAAAUGUCAAGCAAGAUAAAGAUAGCAGAUAAUCCAGUGCUGCCAAAGGCUACAUUUCUAAGAAAAUCAGCAUUUUUAUCGAGUGGUGAUACUGCAUUUAAGUUCCAUUUUACUGUUUCACAAGAAAGCGAAGACAAUGUUGCAAAAGAAUUAAACAAUGUUAUUGACAAGACGGAAAACAUUGUGUUAACAGAUACUGGCAACACAUCAAAAACUGUCAUAAAUGAUGCAGAAGAUCUCAUGAAAGAAAAUUUAAGUAAAUGUAAAUUUUCUGCUUCUGGUUCAGAAUUUAAGUUUAAUUUUGAUGUAGAUGGAACAAGUAAGUAA